CACGGUCCGUCUGCCUCCUGUAUUACUAGUAGUCGAUAAUGUUUGACUGCGGCUUCACCCUCCAAUCGACAGGCCGCGUCCCUAUUUUAGCUCGGCGCGAUGAGCUUGGGCGAUGGGGUCUGUGUUUCUCCCCGAACCCAAGCUCGCAGCCACACGAAUAUUUUACUUCAUGCUGGAGAACCGCUGUUGGGUACUUGCCCGAAGAGGCAAGAGCGAGGCCGGCGCAGGCAGAGAAUCUCGUCGAAAAGCGCCGGAGGACCAUCAAAAAGAAUUUCCAUCCACCCAGCGAGAACCGGUUGCUCCACCCCGGUGCAAGGUCUCGGUCGGUCUUUAAUUUGGGUGUUUCUGGCCGGUAACCCUGGGUCUGGAACCGCUGGUUAUCCCUUCCAGGGUUCGAUUCUAUACAGACGGCCCAAAGACGGGCGCACGGCCUUUGGAGCCAUGCCUGUAGGGUGGCCCGGCUCCCGUGCAGGAGCAUCUCCAACCAGUGCGCAAAUUAACAUUGUUCGUCCAUUAGAGGCGGGAGAUGUCGAUGAUUACCUGCCUCUGAUUUGCUCAUGCAUAGCAGCCUGAUUCGCUCCACGAGGAGUGGCUGCUUUAGCGGCAAUCCGCCUUCUCCCUCCCGCCUGACAUGGAACCCAUUCUGGUGGAUUGAUCGCACCUUUCUUGCAUUGUGAAGAUCCUGCUGGUGUAUGGGGUGAAGAAGACGCCUGCCUUUUCUUGCCAUGGAAGUCUAACAGGGUGGCAGCCUUAAGUUGUUGGUCCGUGGCCAGCCAGGACUCUACAGCGGAUUGCUAUGACCGAGGCGGGAGGGGAAUGCUU